AUGGUGUAUGUGAUCUCUAUAAGCAAGGAUCAAAAUCAAUUCUCCACGUUUUGUGGGAGUGUGGGUCAGCUAGAGAUGUUUGGGCGGGUAGCUAGAGAUGUUUGGUGUUGGAUCAUUUGGAACCAAGGAAACUUUGUUUUACAUGGAGGCAUUUUGCAAGAUCCAUCUCAGCUUGUUCAACGAGUUGCGAACUUGUUGGAGGAGUAUAAGGAAGCACAAGGGCAGUUGGCUAUCUCUACCCAUCUCGGUUCAGUGCAGUUGUGGGAGCCACCAGUGGGAUUAAUUUACAAAGUGAAUGUUGAUGUUGUUGUCUUUGCAGAAAUAAACGCAUCAGGAAUUGGGGUGGUUGUGCGCAAUAAAAGGGGAGAAGUCAUGGUGUCUCUAGUGGCCAAAGGACCAUUGAUGCAAGAUAGUGAGGAAGCUGAGGUGCUAGCGUGCCAAAAAGUAUUGGAGUUUGUUGUGGAUGCAAGUUUCACAGACUUGUUGCUAGAAGGGGACAACAUGAGCGUGAUGAAGUCCAUAACAUCUAUAAGAUCCAAUAGAUCACGAUUGGGUCAUAUUUAUGAGGACAUUCAUUGUAUUGCAGUAGGCUUCCGAAGCUUUUCUGUCAACUUUGUUAAGCAUAGUGCAAACUUAGUGGCCCACUCUAUAGCUAAAUUUGCUAGCAAUGUAGAUGAUGAACUAGUUUGGUUGGAAGAAUCUCCACCACCAACCCUUGAGGCCCUGCAUUUCAAUUCUCAUCGCUUUAAUCAAUGA